ACAUGUCCUAUUUCAUGUCCUUGGCUCUUAGAAUGAAUGCGUUUGUCCUUCUCACUCUCGCUUUCAACAAAUAGAGAAACGCAAAAAACUCUUUUGCGUAAACCCUCUCAUGGUUCUCUCCAGCUUCUCACCAAUGGAGGUUACACUACUUGGCUCCUUCUCCGUUUUCUCUCCCGUCUCGUCAGAAAGACGACUCUCCAACGCGGUUUUCAGCAGUUCGAAGUCAAACCCGCUACGACAACCGCAUAGAGUCAAGGCGGUUAAGGCCGUAGCGUCGAAGACUCAUGCAGGUGGUCGACGGAUAAGAAAGUGUGAAAACGGAGCGGCGACGGUAGCCAAGGUGGUGGAUAAUCCGUAUUCGGGAGCGGAGACGGCGAGUCCUGAUCUGGAGAAGAGCUUGUCGGACUUCUUGGAGGAAGCGAGAGACUUCGUGGGAGAUGAUGGUGGUCCGCCUCGUUGGUUCUCUCCGUUGGAGUGUAGCUCUCAGGCUCAAGGCUCUCCUCUACUCCUUUUCAUACCUGGUAUUGAUGGUACUGGACUUGGGCUCAUUCGGCACCACAAGAAACUUGGGGAGGUUUUUGAUGUAUGGUGCCUUCAUAUUCCGGUCAGGGACCGAAGUCCUGCUAAAGACUUGGUCCAACUUAUUGAGGGGACAGUUAAGUCGGAGAGCUAUCGUUUCCCAAAUAGACCUAUAUAUUUAGUUGGAGAAUCUAUUGGAGCGUGCCUUGCGUUAGAUGUUGCAGCUAGGAAUCCUAAUAUCGAUCUUACCUUGAUAUUGGCUAAUCCAGCCACAAAUGUCAACAACCUCAUGUCACAACCUCUAGUAGGAAUGCUGAACGUUUUACCAGAUGGUGUUCCUACGCUACUGGGAGAAAUAUUUGGUUUUAAGCAUGGCGAUCCAUUGACUGCAGUGUUAGGUGGAGGGAUUCUAAGAGAUCUCUUUGCAGUUUCAGCUAAUCUUCCUACUUUGAGUAGGAUCUUCCCUAAGGACACACUUCUCUGGAAGAUGGAACUGCUUAAGUCUGCUGCUGCGUCUGUAAAUACUCACAUACACGCGGUCAGAGCUGAAACACUGAUACUUCUCAGUGGACGUGAUCAAUGGCUGCUGAAUGAAGCAGACAUUGACAGAUUCUCACGCACAUUGCCAAACUGUAUUGUCCGUAAGCUUAAAGACAAUGGACACUUUCUCUUUUUUGAGGACAGUGUAGAUCUGGUUACUAUCAUCAAAUGCACUUGUUUCUAUCGCCGUGGGAAGUCUCAUGAUCACAUUUCAGAUUACAUUAUGCUUACCAGAUAUGAGUUAAAGCAACUAGUAGACGACCACAAGCUCUUAAUAGAUGCUACUUCACCUGUAUAUCUAUCAACAUUAGCAAACGGUAAACGUGUGAGGGGCCUUGAAGGUAUACCUUCAGAAGGGCCUGUACUAUACGUUGGCUAUCACGUGUUAUUGGGACUAGAGAUAGUUCCAGUGAUAACUCAAUUCUUGAAAGAGAGGAACAUUCACUUGCGUGGUUUGGCACAUCCAAUGCUUUUGUGGAACAUCCAAGAUGAUCGGUUAGUCGACCCACAGGUGUUGGACAAAUAUAAGAUGGUGGGUGCAGUUCCUGUCUCCAACUUCAAUAUCUACAAACUACUGCAGUCAAAGUCUCAUGCGCUUUUGUAUCCUGGUGGUAUCCGUGAAUCUUUUCAUAGAAAGACUUUGCAGGGUGAAGAAUACAAGUUGUUUUGGCCAGAGCAACCAGAGUUCGUGAGAGUUGCAUCUAAGUUUGGAGCCAAGAUUGUCCCAUUUGGUGUUGUUGGAGAAGACGACAUCUGCCAUCUUGUCCUGGAUGCCAAUGAUCAAAGAAACAUCCCUAUCUUAAAGGAUUUCAUGGAUUACAUGGCAGAGGCAACAAAGCCAGCUGGAAACUUAAGGGAAGGAGAUGAGACCGAACUUGGAAACCAGAUAUGCUAUCUACCAGGACUUGUACCUAAGAUCCCUGGGCGGUUCUACUUUUACUUUGGGAAACCAAUUGAAACAGCAGGCAAGGAACAAGAGCUAAAAGACAAAGACAAGGCUCAGGAGUUUUACUUGCAAGUCAAGUCUGAGGUUGAACAAUGCAUUGCCUACUUGAAAAUGAAAAGAGAGGGUGAUCCCUACAGACAAUUGUUGCCAAGGAUGAUGUAUCAGGCUUCACAUGGUUUCUCUUCUGAAAUUCCGACGUUUGAUUUCUGAAAUGAUUCUCGUUUUUGAUAAUUUACAUAAUUACAUUAUACUAUGGUAAUGUUGUACCUAUUUUAUAGGUU